AUGGAAAUUGAUCAUGCCAGAGAUCCUUCGUACAGAACAUCCCAGCUGCCCCUUUUGGCCACCCGUAUCCCUCAUACAUCCUUGCCGAAGUCUAUUCUUAAAUCAGGAGGUAACUGGGGGCCAUAUUCAAGUGAACUGGCCCUCUCCCUGGAGAAGGAAGUAGAGCUGUUCUGUGAAGGCAAGUCAAUAUAUGGACCUUACUGGGACGAUGUCCUGGGAUUUUGGAGAGCCACCAUCAAAGCUGGGUUGUUCUUGAAGCAUGAAGUGUUUAAGAAAGAUGAACUGUUUUACGUGAAGAAAAUGGCGGAGUUCAUGGGGAAACCAUUUUCCAAGGAGGAAGAAAUUGAAGGUGUCCCUGAGAAAUUUAUAGGGAUGCGUAGCUUUAAAAACUUGAGCAAUUUGAGGAAAGGAGUUAUUGGAGAUUGGAAGAAUCUUUUGAGCGAGGAUAUGAGAAUGAUGAUAGAUCAGACUACAGAACAAAAGCUGCAGUUUACAGUUUACAGGCUUCACAUUUUGAUUCGUGUUCAGAAUAAGUAA